AAAUAAGGAAAUGACGUGAGGUGUGCAGUAUUUCUUCUUUGGGAAGCCAGGGAGCUGGAAAAGCUUUCAUGGGGCACUUCUGUUAGAGUUGACAUGAGCGAUAGUAAGAAACGACAGUCAGCGAGAGCACGAAAGCAAAGGAGUUGCACAAAGAUGGAAGACUGUUUGAUAGAAGACCAGACAACCUUUUACUCAAAGGCAGAACACUAUUGGAAGGAAGUCCCACCCACUGUGGAUGGAAUGCUGGGGGGUUAUGGCAGCAUUUCUAGCAUUGACAUUAAUGGCUCCAAAAAGUUUCUACAGAAAUUCCUUGGGGAAGGCCAGGGUAAGACUGGGACAGGCUGUGCUCUGGACUGUGGCGCAGGAAUCGGCCGUAUCACCAAGCGCCUGCUGCUGCCCCUCUUCCGUACAGUGGACCUAGUGGACGUGACACAGGAGUUUCUGGAUAAAGCUCGUUCCUACCUGGGUGAGGAGGUCAAGCAAGUGGAGAACUACUUCUGCUGUGGCCUACAAGACUUUCAGCCCCAGCCAGAGCGCUACGAUGUCAUAUGGAUCCAGUGGGUGAUUGGUCACUUGACCGAUGACCACCUGGUGGAAUUCCUGAGGCGUUGCCGGAGCGGUCUUCGUCCAGAUGGCCUGAUUGUGGUGAAGGAUAAUGUUGCGUUUGAAGGUGUAAUACCUGAUGAUGUUGACAGCAGCGUGUGUCGGGACCUGAAUUUACUACAUCGCCUAGUAGCCCGGGCCGGACUCAACAUCAUCUGUGAGGAGCAGCAGCAGAACUUCCCUGAGGAAAUCUAUCAGGUCCACACUCUAGCACUCAGAUAGCUGUGAGCACUGAACGAGGGGGUUUUAUGUGUUUGUUCGGAAGCCAAUAAUGUGAGAACAAUUUAAGAUCAAUGUUAGCUACACAGGAAGCUACGUGUUGCUGCCAAUGUGAUCACGUUUUUUUUUU